CUCUCUCUUUCUCGAGUGAAGAAAAUUUAGGGUUUUGUUGGGACUUUUGUCCAUCAUCCAAUUUCAGCUAGUCUCUCUCUCGAUCUCUGUAUUAGAGUGAUUUGGGUUUGUUCAAAGGGGUGGUGAUGGUGAUCCAUGGGCAAAAAUGAUGGAAGUAAACUCGUGACCGACAUGCCGAGCUUUGUUACUCCACUACCCACCUCCAAUCCCAUUGGCACAGAGGAGAGCUCCAUUCGUUUAUCUCGAAUUUCAGACUUCGAAGGCCUUGAGCAGACUCUUGGAUUUAAUAUAGAGGAUGCUGUUGACAUCGGAAGAAGUCCUGUAUAUAAUCAAAAUAUUUCAACUAGCCGGGCACCAGCCAACGAUCUCCAGUUUGGCGCUUUGAAUAAGCUGUUACCACAGAAGGAGCUACAACCAAAUCUGGUUUCAGUGUCUCGUAGCAAUCACGAGAAUUGGGGGGAAUCCAAUAUGGCAGAUGGAAGUCCUAGGACUGAUACUUCAACAGAUGAUACAGAGGAUACAAAUCAGAUGAUUGAAAGAAAUCAAACUGGUCUUCUAGCUUCUGAUUCCAGUGAUAGAUCAAAAGAAAAACCUGGGGAUCAAAAGACGCUGCGCAGGCUUGCUCAAAAUCGUGAAGCUGCCAGGAAAAGCCGAUUACGAAAAAAAGCAUAUGUACAACAACUUGAGAGUAGCCGGUUGAAACUAACCCAGCUUGAGCAAGAACUUCAGCGUGCCCGUCAGCAAGGCAUAUUCAUUUCAAGCUCUGGAGAUCAAGCCCAUUCGAUGAGUGGAAAUGGUGCUUUGGCAUUUGAUGUGGAAUACACAAGGUGGCUGGAGGAGCACAACAAGCAGAUAAAUGAGUUGAGGGCAGCUGUUAAUUCACAUGCGGGUGACACAGAACUGCGCACUGUAAUUGAUAAUGUCAUUGCUCAGUAUGAUGACAUUUUUAGAAUAAAGGGUACUGCAGCAAAAGCUGAUGUUUUCCACAUUUUGUCAGGAAUGUGGAAAACACCAGCAGAACGGUGUUUUAUGUGGAUUGGUGGCUUCCGGUCAUCUGAGCUUUUAAAGCUACUUGUGCGUCAAUUGGAACCCUUGACGGAGCAACAAGUGAUGGGUAUUUACAACUUACAGCAAUCAUCCCAGCAGGCUGAAGAUGCUUUGUCACAAGGGAUGGAGGCAUUGCAGCAAUCCCUUGCUGAGACCUUGGCUAGUGGUUCGCCCGGGCCAUCAGGAGCAUCUGGCAAUGUAGCAAACUAUAUGGGUCAAAUGGCUAUGGCAAUGGGAAAGUUGGGGACACUUGAGGGGUUCCUUCGCCAGGCCGAUAAUCUUCGCCAGCAAACUCUGCAACAAAUGCAUCGUAUACUGACAACCAGGCAGUCAGCUCGUGCACUUCUUGCAAUCAAUGAUUAUUUCUCACGUCUUAGAGCCCUCAGUUCUCUUUGGCUUGCCAGGCCCCGAGAAUGAGACACAUUACUUUCGUUCUUAGGAAGUUAAUCGUAACAAUUGAUUAUCCAAGAAUAUGCGUAACAGCUGAGAGCCCUGGGCCCUGAUGGAGAAAAUGUAUGAUUAGGAGGACUUGUCACAUAAGUUGUGUAACAUAUGUAUUCCCUAGUUGUAUUUUAUGAACAGACAAAUGAUAUCAAUAAUUUGAAUAAGUUUUAAUAGAACAUAUACAUUAGAAUAUUGUAGGUUACUGAUAUCAAUUUGUAUACCCAAAAUCAGUUUAUAUUAGAGUGAAAGGCUUGUAUUUCCCU